AUGCCUAAGAACCAGGUUUUCAGCGAGCAUGUUACUGGAAAGAAUCAACCACGUAAAUGGUGGCAUCGUCGUCGAAUUACAAUCACUAGUAUCUUUGUCAUCAUUUUAAUAAUUUUUGGAAUUACACUUGCUCUAUUGUUAAAAUUUGUGAUUCUUCCACAGAAUAACUUACAAAGCACUACUAUUGCUACCAUAACACGAUUAUCAACACCAUCAUUAAUAACAACACUAACAUCAACCUUACUAAUAACAUCGACAACACCAUUGCCAUUAACAUUAUUUAUAUCAUCGACCACAACAUCAUUGAGAGCUUCACACUCCUCAACCUCAAUAUCAGCAUCGAUGACAACAUCUAUAACGACGCCUACAAAAACAUCUACAACAAUAUCAACAACAAAAUCUACAACAAAAUCUACAGAAGCAUCUACAAUAACAUCUACAACAACUUCUACAGAAACAUCAACAACAACAUCUACAGCGACGUCUACAGAAACAUCUACAACAACAUCAACAACAACAUCUACAACAAAAUCUACAGAAACAUCUACAAUAACAUCUACAACAACAUCUACAACGACGUCUACCGAAACAUCUGCAAUGACAUCUACAACAACUUCUACAGAAACAUAUACAACAACAACAGCAGCAUUGACAACAACAACGAUAAAAUCAACAACAUCAAUGGCAAUAUUAACAACAGAAACAACAGCAUCAACGACAACAACGUUGACAUCAGCAUCAUCUUUAUCAACAGCAUCUACGACCACUGCUCAGCAGCCAGGAUGGUCUAAUACUGGUAGCAUGAAUUAUGCGCGAGUGUCACACAGAGCAACGCUAUUAGCAAAUGGAAAAGUGUUGAUUACUGGUGGAUAUAAUAACGGUUUUCUAACUAGUGCUGAGUUAUAUGAUCCAUCAACAGAAAUUUGGACAUUAACUGCUGCCAUGAAUGAUGCACGACAGGGUCACACAUCAUCCAUACUAACCAAUGGAAAAGUGUUAGUUACUGGUGGCUUUUAUCUGAAUAGUGCUGAAUUAUAUGACCCAUCAAAAGAAAAUUGGACAAUUACUGCUACCAUGAAUUAUGCGCGGCAGUGGCAUACAGCAUCCGUAUUAUCGAAUGAAAAAGUGUUAGUUACUGGUGGAAGAAAUGGUAAUGUUUAUCUCAAUAGUGCUGAAUUGUAUGAUCCAUCAGCAGAAACGUGGACAUUAACAUCAACGAUGAAUCAUGCACGCCAAGGCCACACAUCAGUGGUGACAAAUGGAAAAGUAUUAGUUGCUGGUGGAUAUGAUGGAAAUACUUAUUUAAAUAGUGCUGAAUUGUAUGAUCCAUCAACAAACACUUGGACAUUAACUUCAACCAUGAAUUAUGCAAGACAGAGCCACACAUUAUCUGUAUUUAAAGAUGGAAAAGUGUUAGUUACUGGCGGAGAGAAUGGCGGUUAUCUGAAUAGUGCUGAAUUGUAUGAUCCAUCGCUGGGAACGUGGACAUUAGCUACUGCCAUGAAUCAUGCACGAUAUGACCAUGUAGCAUCCUUAUUAUCAAAUGAAAAAGUAUUAGUUAUUGGUGGGUGGAAUGGUGUUGCUCUUAAUAGUGCUGAGUUGUAUGAUCUAUCAACAGGAACUUGGAUAACUACUUAUAGCAUGAAUUACGGACGACAGGGUCCCACAUUAUCCGUUCUAACAAAUGGAAAAGUAUUGGUUACUGGUGGAUGGAGUGGCAGUACUAAUCUAAAUAGUGCUGAAUUGUAUGAACCAACAACAGACACUUGGACAACUACUGACGGCAUUAACAAUGCCAGAGUGUGGUACAGAUCAUUCUUAUUAACAAGUGAACAAACAUUGGUUCCUGUCGGAAAGAAUGGCCGUCCACUUGAUAAUUUUCGUAAAACACAACUGUUCUAUUUUAUUAAUAAUGAAUAUUUUCUUAAUAAACACCUUUUAUUCGAUUUAGAGUGUGAAGGUGGAGGUAGAGGUAGAGGUGGAUGUUAA